ACGGUAAUGAUGAGUACAGGAUGAUGAAGUUGGUUUUGCGUGCACUUGAUGGAGAUGUUUUCGAGCGCAGAUGACCUCACUUUUCUCUACUCAAAAAUGUAAAGGCUGAAUCUACAGCAGUAUUUGAAGCUGUGAGUGCCAGCUGAAGGCGUUCAUGUCAGACUGUAUAUGUGUUAUGGCUUGAAUCUGUGAAAAUGUCUACAGUACAGUCUAGAGAUGCUCAGCUGCAGGAGUUUAUGCAGAUGUAUGAGCUGAGAGCUGCUUGUAACGUCUGUACUCAUAAAAAGUCACACGUUUCUUACUCCAUCAUUGCAACACCUCACCGUUGUUCUCACAAUCUUUUGCUAGUCAGAGCAAAGGUCAGAGGUCACAAAUGGAGCCCUGUGUCUGUGCGGCCAGCUUACCCACAACCUAGUCGAUAUGAAGUGUGUUGGUACUUUGAGGAGGAUGCCGGGUGCUAUAUGCAUCAUAACCGUUGCACUUUUGCCAGUAGCCCAGAAGAAGCCGCAGUGUGGAACUUACAAAAACACACAAACUUUGAUCACAAAACACUGAUUCAUCUAAUAACUCAGAGAAAGCGAUUGGUUGAACAGAGCAGGCAAGAAGAUGUUCAGUCGAGCUCUCAUGAACCUUCAUCUUACCAGGAGAAACUCCUGGAAGAAUACAGAUGCAGCAGCAAUGAGAUUCUUAUUAUCUCUGAGCAGGUGGAUGAUGUGUGUGUUACACAUGAUGAUAAUCUCUGUAUGGACUGUUUACAAGAAGAUGGUGAAAUCAGAUGGAAAUUCACAAUCACCACUGAGAGGUCUUUGGCUCAUGUAGCUCUACUGAAAGCAGAAAAUGGUGCUGUUUUCUCUUUGAGUGACAGUUUAAAGAACACCUUCCCCCCAAUCACAUACAUCGCAGGCCACCACCUUCACUCCUCUCACUCCUACCAGCUGAGUGUGUCUUUUCUCUCAUUCCGGCCCGGUGUGUAUGAGCAGUGGUUGGUAUUUGAUUUUGAUAUGCGACCGGUUCUGCUCAGGAAGCUGAAGGUGAGAGUCGGUCAGCAGUUCCAUGUCCAGCCAGAUGAGGCAGAAGAGAGCGAAUGUGCUGAGAUUCUAUUGGAUGAGCGCUGGAACAGUGGAAACAGGGUUAUCGUGCCCUUCUUUGCCAGAAAGGAGAAGGAUGAGCAGUUACUUAGUAAAUACAAACCACCCCAGAUUAACCUACAGUUCAAUCCCUAUGCAGAUCACAGUUCCCCACUUCAUCGUGACAAUUACAGAGAGAGAGCACACCACUUCCUUUUCAAAGAGGAAAUUGCAGAGGAAGAGCUCAUUAGCAGAUUAAAUGUUUGUGGGAGAGUGUUUCUCUCUGACCAGUUGGGUGAUGGUAAGUUUUACGCUGCUGCAGGGAAGCUCUUUGCCACUCUGAAGGUAUCCUGCUCUCUCACACCAGACUCUCCUGAAGGGCUGAUGCUUAAACGAGGGGUGCAGAUGGCUAUGGUGAACUGCAUACCAGCAAAGGCCAGUGUGCCUGUAGAUCGCAGAAACCAUGUGUACGAGGCAUUGGUGCUCAAACAAGCUGCUGGUGAGGGUCACAUCGGUCUUCAUCUGUGUGCACAGUGUGUGUCUGAGCUACAGCUGAGGAAAGAAACCUGGUGUAAAAUGGAGGUUCAGUUUCAGUUGGACAGACUGACAUUCUGUCAGAUACACCAGGCUAUUGACCACCUACCAGACUUGCACAAUGUUCUGCCUGACUUCAGUAACUGUUGUGUCCCUGUGAACAUAACCAAACAGUGUGAAUUGAACAACAAGCAGCAAGUCGCCCUGAACUUCAUCCUUGGCAAGUGCGAGGUCAAUAAAUUGGCUCCUCCCUUGCUGAUAUAUGGGCCAUUUGGCACUGGAAAGACACUCUGUCUUGCCUCAGCAGCAGUAAAGCUGGCCCUACAUUCUCAAAACAAAGUGCUCAUCUGUACAUAUACUAACAGUUCUGCAGAUUUAUAUGUCAGAGAGCACUUCCAUCCAUACAUUGCAAAUGGACACCCAAACCUAAAAAUACUCAGGAUAAAGGCAAACAGAGGUGGGGCCUCCAUCAGGGCAACUGAUGACAUCACUCAGAAAUAUUGUCUUUGCUCUCCAGAUAGACAGUCCUUCAUCCACCCAGCACGCUCUGAUCUAGAGUCACACCGCAUCAUUAUAACCACCACAUCGAUGACAAGGCAUCUCCGUGAGCUGAGGCUUCCUGAAGAUUUCUUUAGUCAUAUUCUGAUCGAUGAGGCAUCUCAGAUGCUGGAGGGUGAAGCACUUAUGGCUCUGGGCUUAGCAGACAAACGCACUCGAGUGGUUUUGGCAGGAGACCACAUGCAGAUGGCUCCAAAACUUUUUUCUGUAAUUGAUGACAAACGAUCAGAGCACACAUUGCUCAAUCGUCUAUUCCACUACUAUCAGGAUGAGAGCAGCAACAUUGCCAAGAAAAGCAGGGUCAUCUUUAACGAAAACUAUCGUUCCACUGCAGAAAUAGUGGACUUUGUAUCCACUCACUUCUAUGUAAGUGAUGGGAUCAAGGCCAAAGGAGAGGUCCCUCCCCACCCAAGGUUACACCCCCUGAUGUUUCAGCAUGUCAGAGGAGAAUGCCAUCUAAAUUCCACCUCCAUGUCUUGGUUCAAUCUUGCUGAGGUCAACAGUGUGAUAAACAUGGUGCAAGAGCUUCUGACAGACUGGCCAAAGGAAUGGGGUGAUAAAGAGCCAAGGCAAAUCUGUGUUCUUAGUGAAGGCCAACAGCUUGAGGUCAUCAAAAAUCAUCUCCGCCAGAAAGGAGCUCAUGUUUCUGUUCAAAAUUUAGCAAACAUUCAAGGGAAACAGUUCAGGGUCAUCAUAAUAACAACAGUUCAGACAAGAGACAGGCUUCUUCAGUCAGAGUUAAGCUGCCCAGACUUUUUUGAUGACAUUCGUGCAUUGAACACUGCCUUGACCAGAGCCCAAUCACUGGUGAUUGUAGUUGGAGAUGCUGGUGCUCUUUGUUGUUUUGGAAAGUGCUCAAUAAUCUGGAGGUCUUACAUAAAACACUGCAUCAGCAAAGACAGCAUGAAACCAGAAAAUUUUACCUAUGACAUCCUACAACAGGAAGUAUUGGAAAUUUCUAAAUUUCAGAAGACAGAAAAGGUAGACAUGUCUGAGACUUUUGUACCUCUCCAGGCUGAAACUGAUGCUAUUUUGAAAGAGAUGGAUGACUAUGGUUCCGAUGUACAGGACUCAGAUGAAGAGAAUGAACAAAAGAGACCUUUAUUCUCUUCCUCUGAAAAAGAAAACUUAUUGGAGCUGGUCAGGAAACACCCUGCUAAAUACAAGCACGGAGAAUUGGUGAUGAAGGCCCACCAGUCAGGUUAUGUACUACCCUAUGACAAUCCAUCUGAACACAUUCAUGUUAAAGGAAGGAAAAACAUUGGCAUGACUUUCCCUGGGGAUGAAGUUGUGGUUGAGACUGGACGAGAUGAUGAAGGCUGUCUUACUGGGAAAGUUUUAGGUUUCACAAACAGACAACGUACAUCCUCUGAAUUUGUGUGUUUUUUAGAGGAUGAAAAUUAUCACAAACGAACACAGAACACUGCCAAAAAUUUGGUGCCAAAAAUGAUGAUACCCCUCAAUAAUAACACCACCAAAAUACGCAUCUUGACAAAGAAAGAGACUUGCGAUUUGAUUCCAGUAUGGAAGUAUGCCAAUGGCAAUUGGACAAUAAGAAGACAUUUUCUUGUUGAUGAACAAAUAAAACAGGAGUAUGUUUUUGUUGUUCAGAUUUUGGGCUGGAAAGAACACUGUUCAUUUCCGCUAGGCAAAGUUAUUGAUAUUCUACCAAUUGGGACAUCUUUAGAGGAGGGACUUGAGAUUUUAAAAUCAGAGUUUAAAUUAACACCUCCUCUACUGCAAGAAGAUACAUGUCUAGAGAUGAAAGCUGAUGGAACUGAUGACGAGAAAAGAAGAGAUUUCAGAGGUUUACAAACCUUUACCGUUGAUCCACCCACAGCUAGAGACUUGGAUGAUGCCAUUAGUGUUAACAAUCUGGGAAGCUGUUAUGAAAUAGGCGUUCAUGUUGCAGAUGUGGCUAGUUUCGUGUCUAAGGACAGUUCACUUGAUAGCUUCGCAAAAGAGAUGGGAGAAACUUUUUAUGAUCCUGGAAAAGAACCUGCAUUCAUGUUCCCAAAACAUUUUGCCACCACGUAUUGGAGUCUUCUCCCAGAUGAAGAUCGCAAAGCCAUUUCAUUAAUUGUCACAGUGGAAAAGGAAACAGGCCUUAUCAAAAAAAGGACCUUUUACAUCUCUAAGGUCAAAUCUAAAAAGCAACUGACCUACAAGGAGGCUGAGUAUAUAGUAAGUCAGUGUGAUGGCGAGCUAAGAUUUGAUACUUUAGAGGACUGUGUCAGAGUGGCAUACCGUUUUGCCAGAAGCCAUCAAAAAGCACGACUUAAAGAAGACUGGAACUAUGCCCAACCUGAUAAACACCGGAAGCCAGGGGAGAGAGAAGCAAAUCUAAUGGUUGAAGAGUUAAACAUAAUGUUUAACCAUGAAGUGUCAAAAUUUCUGACAGAACACACAGACACUAAACUCUGCACCCCUCUGAGGUGUCAGGCUCCUCCUAUGGCAGAACAAUUAAAGAUGAUCAGUGAUCGACAUAUGGAAGUUCCUUUGUCCUCGCACUUGACAUUCCAUAUCGACAGAAAUCGAGUGGACCUGAAUAACAUGAUCACAUUCACUGUGUAUUCUCCAGGGUCUAUAGAUGUUUACCCUAACAAUCAUCCUUACCCUGAUGGUGACUCCAGCCACCUACGAGAUGCAAUCUCUGUCAGUGACUCUGAAUGUCACUUUGAAAUUGGUGUUCACAAAGUAGAUUUUUUUAGCUAUGUGUCUCAGGACAAUAUUCAGAACUUGACUGCACAAUCAAACAUGUGGAGUUUUAUGCCAGGCAAAAAUCGUCGUGCUAUCUCCUUAAUUCUGACAAUGGAUAAAAAAAAAGGCAAACUAGUCGAGCAAAAGUUAGUGCUUUCCCGCAUAAAGUCAAGCAGGGCAUUGUCCUACAAUGAAACUGACAGCAUCAUCAUCCAGCCAGGUGAAAAUGAAAUGAAGUGUGAUUCUCUAGAAAGCUGCAUCCUUGUGGCUUAUAGAUUUGCACUUGAUCACAAGCAAAAGAGACUCUCUGGACACGUGGGCAGCUACAGUCCUGCUGAUCUCAGAUCAUCAGAAGACAGCAAGUGUAGGUUAAUGAUGGAGGAGCUGAUGCUGAUGUUUCAAAAAGCUAGUGAUCAGCUGAUUAAUCAAGAAACUCCAUUACCGAACACUUUUAGCUAUCCAGUGACAGCUUCGCCUGAACUGGUGGGGAGACUGAAGAGAGAAAAUGAGGAGUUUGGGUCCCUCCAUGCAUUGGAGGAACGUCUGGAUUCAGAUAUUGGGCAGAACUCUGGCAGUUUCAUCAUUCUUACAUCUGUGUGGCAAAAGAUUGAAUCAGCAGCAAUUACAUGUGACUUUUACAGAAUGGCUGAUCUAAUUUCUACAGAUGACAUUCAUCCACAGUUAGCUCCAGCAAUUGUUCAAUUAAGGGCCAUUACCAAUAAAGCGUUCUUCAUUCGUUCACUCUCCUGCAAAGAUGCUUUACUUGGGCACUAUUCGUUAAAUCUGGAAUCAUACACACAUGCAUCCUCACCCAUUCGCCGGUACAUAGAUGUGGUUCUUCAGAGGCUCAUGCAUGCCGUUAUCAGUGAUUGUCCUGUUGAGUACUCUCAGAUAGACAUUGAGCUGAUGUGUGACAAAUGUAAAACAGGAGAAAUGAGGGCACGGGAGUAUGAAAGCAAAGCAGAGUCACUAUAUCUCGCAGUCAACCUACAAAAACAAACCUCAUACAAAGUGGCUUUUGUCACCAUUGUUCGACGUGACAGUAAAAGUUUCAAACUAUCAUUUCCAUUUGACAAAGGAACUUUCCCGGACAAGCUUCCUGUUAAGUACAGCAAUUUACAACUUGAGGAUCAACCAGUAUUUGACAAGAAUCAAGUGACACUUACUUGGAAAAAACGGAUGUACUCUCUGAGCAUGACCCAGACACCACUGCAGAACUUGAAAUUCUGUUCAGAGAUACAGCAAAACACCUGGCAUGCCAUUGUUGAGGCAGUACGAGAUGAACAGUGGGAAGAGGCAAAGUCUCUUGUACUGAAAGCAGAUGUGAGAGAUCACAGUGAUACAAGUGAAGUGCAUAUCUCUGGAUUUGAUCCUGAUUGCACUUUUAUGUCUGAAGCGGAUCAUUACAGGGACUUCGCACUCUGUCUGAAGGCUGGAGACACUGUGCAGGUCCAGCUGACCUCAGAAAGGGACAGGGGCUACUGGGUGCCUACUGUACAGUUAUUGAGUGUGAGUUCAACCUUUGAGAUCUGUGUGGAACAUACUGACAAUCCUAUUAAGUGCUUUUCCAAACGUGCAAACUGCCCAUCCAAAGGUUACUAUAAGGAUGUAAACGAAUAUGUGGAGAUAUGGAAGCCCCUAUGUGACAUGGAGUCUGCAGCAACUGCUGUAGAUGACAGUGAUUGUGUUGUCAUAGAGAAUGUGCACAUAACUUGGAUUCCAUCUUCUGAUGGUUCCAGACUCUCUGGAACUUUCUCUCUGCCUGUGGAAUAUGUCAAGAAGUGGGCAAUUGAAUUUAACCUGGCCAGGUGUUUGCUCUGUAUCCGAAAAAGAGAAAGCAGACAGCAGAACCAAGCAGAUCAGUCAGAGCUGGAUCCAGAAAUCUUCACUUGGGUGGCCCAUGGUGUGACAACUAAGUGUUUGGAUCCUUCGGAAAACAGUGUGAAUAAGUCCAAAAUUAUUCACUUUAUCAUAAAAUAUGCAUCCAUAAACAUUCCAAAGUUCAAGAGGGAUGCCACAUUUACAGUGGAGAUGAUCCCAAAACUCAUUCCAGAUAUACGGAAGGAAAGUGCAGUGAAUAAUUUAACAGCAGCUAAUGAACUUGUUAAGAACAUUGCACUAAGACACCGGAUUCGGAAAGAAAGCUCUAAUCCAGCUGUAUAUCUAUAUGUGCUUAUGAGAGAGGAACCACCAGCAGGUCUGCCUCGACUGAAUGAAAGUCAGUUUAAAGCUUUGGAGCAAGCUCUGAACAGCAAAUUCACCGUCAUUCAAGGGCCUCCAGGAACAGGAAAGACAGUUGUAGGAGCGUACAUAGUGUACUGGUUCUCACAGCUGAACACUAAGAAUCCCUGGAAGCUGAAGGAUGUGAAAGACAAAGAGAAAAGAGAAGUUAUUCUUUACUGUGGACCGUCAAACAAGUCUGUGGAUGUAGUUGCAGAAUUCCUGCUCAAGUUUGGACGUAAGCUGAAGCAACUACGCGUGUACAGCAGACAGAUGGAGAUGCAGGAGUUUCCCUACCCCGGCAGCAACCUUCAGUUAUCACAGAAAUCACUGCGCCAAGAGCGAUCAAAACCUGAGCUCAAGGAAAUAUCACUUCAUCACAGAAUUCGAAUGAGUCAUAACCCUUGCUCUCAAGAAAUAAAGAAAUUUGAUGAAAGAAUUGCUCAUAACCCCCAUUCACUGACAGAUGCAGACAUAGAAGAAUAUAAAAAGCUGCUAAAUUCUGCACGUUUGCAUGAACUGGAAAGGCAUGAUAUUAUUCUAUGCACUUGCACGGCUGCUGCCUCCCCAAACCUCACCAAGACACUCAGUGCACGACAGAUCCUCAUUGAUGAGUGUGCCAUGGCAACAGAACCCCAGACGCUUGUCCCAUUGGUCAGCUUUAAACCUGAGAAGGUCGUGCUGUUGGGGGACCACAAGCAAUUGCGUCCGAUAGUGAAGAAUGAGCAUGUGCGGAGACUGGGAAUGACACGCUCUCUCUUUGAACGUUACAUGGAUAGAGCACUACUGCUUGACACCCAAUACAGAAUGCAUGAAGAGAUCUGCAAAUUCCCAUCAGAGGCAUACUAUCUGGGUAGGCUGAUAACUAAAGUGGAUGAACGGACCAGCGUGCUACAGAUUAAAACUGAAAGAACAAGACAAAGCAAACACAUUCUUUUUGGAGACAUACAAGGUGACGAGAUUAGUUUGGUUGUUCCAACUGCACGGGGGAACGAGAACUCAAAAGCCAACAUUGAAGAGGUUAAAAAAGCUGUUGAGAUUUGUCAUCAGCUGGUGUCAGUGGGCCGUGUGAGGCAGGAGGACAUUGCCAUUCUGUCACCAUACAAUGCACAGGUGGCCCAGAUCAGAGAUGGACUCAGAAAGUCCAAUGACCCCCAGAUGGAGAGAGUCACAGUCACCACCAUUACAAAGAGCCAAGGCAGUGAGUGGCGGUAUGUGAUUCUGUCAAUGGUUCGCUCCUGCCCCAGCAACAAGAUUGAACCUGUACCUUCAAGGGAAUGGCUCUCCAAUCACAUUGGCUUUGUGGGCGAUGAAAACCAGAUCAAUGUGGGGAUAACAAGAGCACAGGAUGGGCUAUGCAUUCUGGGCAAUCAGGAGGUACUGAACUGCAGCACAGCGUGGAAGAAACUACUGAAACAUUAUUCAGGUCAAGGCUGUGUGGUCACUGCAGACCAGAUUACAGUACACAAUGUCCGUUAAAUCAGUUUUAAAGUUGAAUCUUGAAGCAUAUUACACUUAGUGUUUUUUAAGACUUUAUUUUUACCCAUACAGUC